CAGUGGAGGAGGAGGUGGAAAAUGAAUUCAGAGAAGACAGAACGGAGUCUCUUAUUCAGUGAAAAGGCGGCAUAUAAUGUGAAAAAGAUUCCCUACAGCUAACAAGAGCCACCAUGAUGAAGAGACUUCAGUGAUUUUAUACUUGAAUUAGAUAUUACAGGAACUUUAAAAGUAAUUCAAGAAAUGCGGUAGAUUUAGACACCUUGCUACCUAGCCUGAUGCAACCAGUGAGCCAGUAAACUACUUAUUCAACCUGAGGUGAAGUAGCAAGAUUGAGAAUCCAACAACAGCUUGCUGAGUCAAGUGUGUUCAAUCCUGAAGAAACAUUUGAACAUUCUUAAAUUUACAGUGUCUGUAGAAACCUGCAUAGAACAAUGCCUCCUCUCUUCUUCAUCCCUUUCCUUUUACUGCUGAUGUCACAUGGAGCACAACCUGAUGGCCCAAGAGGUUCCUGGCGUCGCAGAUUUAGAUGGGAAAGUAAUGGACGAGUUUUCAGCCUCCAGAGCUCAGGUUCUGAUCACAGAGCUGGUACUUUCUACAUUUCGGAGGUACAUAACCCUGUUAAACCAAGGAGACCUGCAGGACCUCAGACAAGAGACUUCAUCAGUAAUGGUAAACCAAGUCAUGCUGAAGAACAACUUAACCUCAGUCAAACUCCCACCCAAAGGAGUGAUACUCCUUUGAGAAUUUACACAAGCAAUAAGGAACAUAUAUCUUCCACCCACAAAACCAAAGGAAUUCAGCAAGAGUCGAUGCAAAGAAAUGAUAUCACACAAGUAUACCCUACAACAAUUAAGAGUAAAAAGCAGACUUCAACUGAGUACAUGGCAGUCACAGAAACAACAAGUACACAGAAAAAUGAGGCUAUGCAUAGGGUAUCUACGCAGAGCAGCGCAAUGCAAACAAGUAAAGCAACUCCACAGUCUGCAUCCCAAAGAAGUUAUGCAACUCCUGCACAGCCUAACAGAAUGACCCAAAGAAUUCCUACAGAGGUUAGUGAUGUUCUGCUGAGAAAUGACAUCCCAUUGCAUAGUACUAUAACUCAGAAGAAUGAUGCUACACAACAGAGGUCUGUCACCCAAAGGAAUGACAUUACACAACGGACCUCUGUCACUCCAAGGAGUAACAUUACACAGUGGAGUCCUGUCACCAUGAAUAAUGAAGUAUCAGAAAGGACUGACAUCACUCAAAAUAGUAAUGCAAUUCAAAGGGCAAUCACCCCGCAAAGACAAUUAAAUUCUGUAAGCUCUGACAGGGAGACACCCUCAAAUGCCCUUCCAAUAGGCUCUUCUGUCGCGCAGAGAAUGGCUGGAGAUGACCCACGAAACCCUUACAAACCUCGAAAUGUUUUGACAUCCAAUUUAGCCCCUGCAGGUAGAAGGCUAGGAGCACGGCCCUAUCAAUAUGGUCUUCCUGAUUUGGUUCCUGAUGCUCUAUUUAUCCAGAGUGCUACCUAUAUACAGAGAGUACCCAUGUACAGCCUUCGGUGUGCAGCAGAAGAAAACUGCUUAGCAAGGUCAGCCUACUCCCCUGACAUCUCUGAUAUAAGUUUCCGGAUCCUUCUUCGCUUUCCACAAAGGGUUAAAAAUCGUGGUACAGCUGAUUUUUUACCAGUGAAACCAAGGCAUACUUGGGAAUGGCAUAGUUGCCACCAGCAUUAUCACAGUAUGGAUUCAUUUAGUCACUAUGACCUCCUGCAUUCUGCAACCCAACGUAGGGUGGCAGAGGGACACAAGGCCAGCUUCUGCUUGGAAGAUACGACAUGUGAUUUAGGAAAGAGACGACGAUAUGCCUGCACAGCACACACCCAGGGGCUUAGCCCAGGAUGUUAUGAUACAUAUCAUGCCAAUAUUGACUGUCAGUGGAUUGAUAUAACUGAUGUUCCCCCUGGAAAGUAUAUCCUCAAAGUCUCUGUGAACCCCAAUUUCCAAGUCCUGGAAUCAGAUUUCACUAAUAAUGCUGUGCGUUGUGAUCUGACCUACACGGGAACCUAUGUGAUAACUCGUAACUGCCAUCUUUCAAGCAUAUGAUGUCUUCUGAGGAUGACUGGGAAUACAGCUCUGCCUGAGUCUAAGUACAUAGACGAUCCAAUGGGAUGAUCGAUAACAGACUUCAUGCAACCGGGGAAAAAAGGAAAUGCGUCUAAAAAUUUGACAUGUUGCGUAACCUAAACAAAAUUGUCAUUCUAAUAUUUUCAAUAAAAAAUUUAAUGUAUGUGAUUAUUAUUGAAGCCAGAUUCAUAUCCUGUAUCUCUCAAUUCUUCUUAUUGAAAUUAUAUGCUGUCGUAAUUUCCAAACAUGAUUUAAAUAUUAUCCAGUAGGAAUAUUCUAAAUGCCAUAAAGAAACAGUUUUACUUUAAAAUGAGAAAUAUUUUUAAUAUAAACAUGGUACCUCUGGCCAUUACUAUAAGCUUAAAGGUGUUAAAGGCUAACUCCUUGUAGACAAUGUUACACCCAUAUUUAAAGUGUAACAUGUAACAUGGUUGAAAACUUCCCAAAUCCCGCCCCCCCCCCCCUUCCUGACGGCAUGUGGGGGUUCUUCUCCCCCAUGGCAGUUAUCACUUUUGAAUAGAGAAAGGAAUACCUUUGAGGAUAGUAAAACUUCAUGAAAAUAUUUGUGAACCACUUCUUGAGCUGAAUGGGGGAUGAGGGUUGGAAAUUUGAAAAUGAACAACUUUUAUGAAAUAUGAAUUUCUAAACAUCGAACCUUCUUGAGUCCCAUUUAGUGUUUUAUAUGUUUUUUUAAAUUAUGUGUGAAAUAAAAGAUGAAAAAGUUUGUAAA